UUUCCUCCUGAAAGCUACAAACCAUAACACAUAGGCAUAGCAGUCCCAUUAUUGGAGCUGGUGCGCCUUACUCACUCUCUGCUCAGUAUAGCAGAAAUCCCCCUCAUUCCGCAACUCUAACGAAAGCUUCUUCACUGAUUCACAUUCCAUUUUCGGCUCAUUCCCUCUCUCUGUGUAGUCAUGGGGAGUCGUGUAGUGGCGCUUUUGUUUCUACUGGGUUGCUUUUUCUCUGAAGGGUCGGAAGGGCUCACAUUCUCGUCAAGGCUCAUACACAGAUUCUCUGACGAGGCUAAGGGGUUUUGGGUGUCGAGGAAUGUGGCUUUGGCGGGUGAUUUGUGGCCUAAAGUGGGGAGCUUGGAGUACAUAGAGAUGCUUAUUCGUAAUGAUUUGAAGCGCCAUAGAAGGAAGCUCGGCUCCCAGACUCAGCUGCUGUUUCCCUCGGAAGGAAGCCGGACUUUCUCCUACGGGAAUGAGUUUGAUUGGUUACAUUUCACAUGGAUCGAUAUUGGGACACCGAAAGUAUCUUUCCUUGUUGCAUUGGAUACCGGGAGCGAUAUGCUUUGGGUCCCCUGUGAUUGCAUACAAUGCGCUCCUUUGUCUGCUAGUUAUUAUAAUGCUUUGGAUAGAGACUUGAAUGAGUAUAAACCUUCUUUAUCAACUACCAGCAGGCGCCUAAAUUGUAGCCAUGAGCUAUGCACCUCGAGGCCAAACUGCAAAAGUCUGAAUGAGACCUGCCCUUACUCAGAAAGUUACUACUCGGAGAAUACUUCGAGUUCUGGAUUUCUAGUUGAAGACAAAAUGAUUUUGGCAUCACCUAGCAUGCAUGGAACCGAAAAUGUGGUACAAGCCUCCGUUGUUAUGGGCUGUGGUAGGAAGCAAAGUGGAAGCUAUUUGGAUGGAGCGGCUCCUGAUGGUCUCAUGGGUUUGGGGCCAGGGAGCCUUUCAGUUCCAAGUUUGUUAUCAAAAGCUGGAUUAACUAAAAAUUCUUUUUCAAUAUGUUUUGAUGAAAAUAGUUCUGGAAGCAUCCUUUUCGGCGACCAAGGAUUUGGGCCCCAACAGUCUACUCCAUUUUUGCCUGUGGGAGAAAGAGGAACAUAUGUUACCUAUUCUAUAGGAGUCGAGUCAUGUUGCAUUGGUAGUUCAUGUCUUAAGCUAUCUGGAUUCCAGGCACUCGUAGAUAGUGGUGCAUCAUUCACAUUUCUUCCUACUGAUGUUUAUAAUAAAGUUGUAUUGGAGUUUGACGAACAAGUAAAUGCCGAAAAGAUUGGUCCCAUGGCUGGCUGGAAGUAUUGUUACACUGCCAGGUCGAUGGAGUUGCAUGAAAUUCCUACCAUGAAACUUACGUUUGCUAUGAACAAAAGUCUUGUAAUUCAUAAUCCUAUCUAUUCUGUUCCUGCAAAUUCAGGUAUUGCAUUCUGCUUAGCUUUACAACCAUUUGAUGGUGAUUAUGGAGUCAUUGGACAAAAUUUUAUGACGGGUUAUCGCAUGGUUUUUGAUAGAGAGAAUUUGAAGUUGGGAUGGUCUACUUCUAACUGUAAAGAGAGAGGAGAAAGUGUGGAAGUGCACCUUGCUCCCCCACCAAAUGCUAAAUCCCCAAAACCAUUACCAACCAAUGAGCAACAACACUUUCCUAACACACCUCCAGUAUCCCCUGCUGUUGCUGGGAGGACUUCCUCCAAAUCCUCUGCAGUCUCAUCACCACAAAAUUCCUUUAUGCAUUCAGUAAUGAGUUCUUUGCUACAUGUACUGCUUAUAUGUCUGUUUGUUUCAACUAUCUAAUUAGUCUUCUCUGGCUUUCUCAUAUGCUGUUGUACUAAUUGCUGUUGGUAGGAAGAAUCAUCUGUGUCUGUGUUAUAGUA